CAUCAAAGAGGGAAUUUGUAAAUUUGAGGCCUUGUAGGCGCUUCGAGAAGAUUCAAACGGAGCAAAGGGUUGUUUUGAAACGUUUUCUCUUGACAUUUAACGUCGAUGGAAUUAUGUGGAAAGGUUCUAGGAUCUCGCUUGUUUUAUUAUGUUCAUGUUCAAUGUUGUUGCCGGUUUUAACGAACGAGGGGCUAUUCGGAAAGAAGUCUCCGUUGAAAGCGGGUAAGUUGAGUAAAGGCACAAAGAACUGCCUAAACACUUUCGUCUACGACUUAUUUGAAAGUUCUAAUUGUGAACAUUCUUGAUCUUAGGACAAGGAUUUUACGACGAAAACCAGUAUGAUGAUGGGUAUGCUGAGUAUACAGGUAAGAAAUAAAUUUUACAGUACAUGUUGGAUGAUAUUUGGGAUGGAAGAAAUAGGCAACAAUCAGUAGUUAUAACUCAGUGUUCUAAUUGCAUUCGCGCUCAAGAUCAAACCAAGUUGAGAUCAAUGUAUUUCACCUCCCAUCCGUGAUCAAAAGAUUUGAAUAAUUCUCGAGACUUUUUAUUACAUCCCAAAUCUUUUGAUAGGGAACUGGCUAGCACUAAUAAGCGAGGGAGAAUUUGCAUUUUACUAAUAUAAAAGCGAACGGCUCCAGUGCAAACUUUAUGCAUGAUUUAUCCCGUCGCUACAUCGUCAGUUCUUGCCCGCCGGAUUCGAACUGAUCUCCAUCCCCUACGGAAACAUUAGAGUUGUUAGAAGUACUCUUUGUAAGCUUACGUAGGCCCUUUUGUGAAGCUUCUAAGUUGCCUCACAGUAUUUUACCGUAAAGACAGGAAAUAGAGGCAAAAUGUUUUGAGUUGUCGAGUUCAUUUGCAUCGGUUUUGUAUGCAGCUGCCUUGCUGCGUUUUGUGAUGAGAAGAAUCGUAUUUUGUUAAUAAUUAAAACAUCAACUUUGCUGUUUUUUGCUUUCUCGGUGGUGUACAAAACUAUCACAACGAGGCAACUGAAUGUGUUUUCUUGCAUUUAUUCAGGUUGUUUCGAAACCAAAAAAAUAUGCCUUCGUUUGAUUUCGGCGUGUGAAGAUCAUUUUAUCGUAAGGUUGAACGUACGUGUUAUUCUGAAAGCGAUCGUUUGUUAGAAUUGAUGGGGCCCAAGUGUGAGAUUUCCGAGUAUUUUCAUCGUCGAAGGACGAAAAUUACAAACAAUUCAUUCCGCGAAUCCCUGCCGGUUGCUCUGAAAACAGUACAUCGGAGCGAUUCAAAAUCGAGCUUUUAAUUUCCUUCGUGUUUCCAUGCCUAACAUUUCUCUUUCUUGCUUGUAUCCCUCUGGGGCGAAACGCAAAUGUCCAUAAAUUUUCCCUUUGUAAAGCGUAGUAUGUUUAGCGACGUCAAUGCAUAUUUUUCCGUGUUUUACUUUCAGCAAUUGAAAGGCGAGUGAUGCAAAUUAUAAGUUUAGACCAAAAGCUAAAAAUUUUGUACUGUGAAUUCUUUUUUUAAUUUUUCUCGUCUAUUAAUUUGAUGCUUACAAGUCGUGUGGUCAACAUGUUAAAUUGUGGAAAUUAUUCGCUACAAUCAUGGCUUCAAUUUCUAUAGUUUUCAAAUUCAGUGGUUUGCGUGGUUUUAAGUAAUUUUAAGUUCUUAGUUGCAUAAGGAACAAAGGAAGUAAUCAGCCUGUUUUUUCUUUUAUUCAUCAACUGAGCAGCUUUUUCUGGAAUUCAUCUGCAAUUCAUUCAGAAAAAUCAUAUUUAUGUCAUGAAAUUCUUAAAUUUCAAUAAAAGUGCCAUUUUUGCCUCCUUUGUAUUUCUAAAGACGGGGAAAGUUCUCGCUGUAUAUGUGUAUGGACUCAUAAUUUUGCCCGACCGGAUAAAGGAUUGCUCAGAAUACUACUAAUGAAAACGUUUUAUAAGUUUUCACCUUUACGAGCGCCGUUUAACUGUUAUAAGCAUAGGCCAAAGUAUGAGUGCCAAAGGUUUAUGUUUUUAAUAAGUAAGAUUUAUCAACGUCUCAGACAGAGAAAGCCACGGGCUUGAUUUAUUUAUAAACAUGGACUUACAGACAAAAUAGUCACCCUCUUGUGUUAUGGCAAAUAAAGAAUUUCGUUUUUCAGUUAAUCAUUUCAGCCGUCAACAUAUUUCGAUCGUUUCCUAACUUUGGCGUCAGAUAUAUCAAUCUAUAUUUCCGGACUCCCUACCUUAAAUUUGAGAUGAGGCGAUCUUUUACGAUCGGAACUCUCCUUUGUCGGCGGAAAAAGUGUUUAGGCGAUUUAUCAUAGUCGCGCAGGUACAAUCUACAUAAUCAGAGGCGAACUGCUCUUAACACUGCUUAAAAAAAAGUGAAAUAAAAUGGAAAAUAAUAAUUAAUUAGGCUUGCUGUUAUCCCAACUACAGUCAAGAAACGCUCUGUACGCUUCAUGGUUUCCGUUUAAAAGGAAACUGCGCAAAAAUAUCACCAUAUUACAACAAAGGUUUUUACCUUUUUACGUCUUCCGAUAUUUAUUAUCGCUUCCUUCUUUAUCAGAGCACACGACGGUUCCUCUCGCAGAUGUUUCGGUUCUGACCGACUUGAACAAAAUUUUUUUUAAUAGGUCUCGCUAACUAGACAUCCAAAGGAAUGGAAAGCGCCAUGUAAGCUUGCAAAGCUAAUAGCAUAGUAUAGGUGCGAAAAGCCAAAUUAUCAAAAACAAUUUGUUCUGUACGUGCUUUUUUCAUUAGCUCUACUGUUGUUUGUUUACACGACAAAACUCUCUUAGGAAGAUCGCGGGUCCUAUGGGAAUCUAAAACCAGUGUAUUCGGAAAAAUUUUUAGGGCAAGCAAAGUGUGUUAAAGGUAAAUCUCGUUAACACCCAAGCUUUUUUCUAUAGUUAAUCUAAGAGACCACAGAAGGGUCUGUGAACAGACAUUGAUUGUGAAGUAAAUCUGAGAAUACUGAAUUACGUUCGAACUGGAGCCACUUUUCUCCUUUUUUAUGUUUCUCGAUUAAGAUAUGGAUAAGAUUUGGGCGUGAAAAGGGGGUUUAUGUGAUUAUUAUUUAAGCUACGAGCAGUCACUCUUCUUUGGUGAAGUCCGUUGUAGGAGUUGAAAAAAAAAAAUCGGUGAAAAAACAAUGAUGCUAGCGCGCCAGACCCGCACGGAGCGCUAACAUCAUUUUCUGAACCCACCGUUUGAAAAUAGCAUAUUGCAUUUUUGUUUUGUUUUAAUGGAUUUAAAAAACCCCAUGACCUUCUUCUACAUCUUUAGAGGGUCAUGUAUCGUGAACUACAACAGUAAAUUGAAAUUCAUGUGUUUAAUUCACAGGGGCUGAAAAACGGACUUAUUCCGCAAUGCAGCGGCGUCGAAUGCAGAUUCAAAAUGUGAUGCAAGACGAACCACUAGAGAGGAAGGAAAGCAUAGAGGAUGUUUUAUUACGGGAGUUAACCAGAGGAGAACAUGAUAAUCAGGGUAAAUACUAUCCUUUAUCGCAUGGAAAUAGACCUGCGUAGAUAGUAUAAUUAUCUAGUGAGCCUCUUAUUGGGAUUGUCUUCCUAUUUAAACGGCUUAUUGGUUCAGUAUAUAGCAACCCGUGAGAGCCGCUUCAGUGAUCCUUGCUCCAUCAAUCUGAUGCCCAGUGUGAAAUAUGAUUUCACAAAAGCGACGCAUUUUCAAUUUCUCAGCUAAGCUUUUUUUAUUGCGAGAACUUUUCACAUGCCGUGAUGGACUUUGAUUCUUAAACUCUUAAACAGUUUAACUUCCAUUUUGCAGAAACUUACGAUGAAGAAUAUGCUAACAAGAUAAUGAAGAGCGAUAGAAGAUUUUCAGACUUUGAUAAGGAAAGAAGAAAGGAGAGUUUUGAUCAAUUGCCAAAGAGAACAUUCCUGUCUGAUGAAUUGAAAGGUAAGCGCAUCUGAAUGAGUCUGAAUGCAGGCCACAGGUUAAAAAAAAUAUUGAAAAGAUCAAACCCAUUCUUUGGUUUGUCAAAUCACCUAUAGGCGACAGCAGUUGAAAUCUCAUUGCGUCGUUUUGCGGAGCCGCAUGUACAGUUUGGCAUUCCUUUGUCAAAGCACACUGAGGUGUCCACUCCAUUCUGCAAAUUCGCUUUUGAUUUGUUUAUUUUUACUCACCACUGCUCCAUUCUUGAAAAGCGAUGCAAUCAAGGAAAUACGGUAUAUCUAUAAUUAUGAUCUAUUUAUAAGACAUGAGGUUAAUCAAAAGAUUGGCAGGGCGUAUUGCCCAGGAUUAAGCAUUUUUUCAGUAUUCAUGCUCAUGUAAUCCAUUUGCAAAAUCCACAAGGACAUUUCUAGGGGAGGAGGGGGGAGGGUUUGGGGAUUGGUGGUCGAAAAUAUAAGGUUGUAUGGUUUCCCACGACAGUACUGUAGAACUGAUCAGAAUCUGCUUAACUGAGAAGUCAAUUUGAUAAUAUAAACAAAUAGUUUACCAAUGUGUGAAGUAAUUACUGUAUGUUGUUGAUUUGCGGUUUGAUGGAACCAUCUAUGGUAAAUAUAUAUGAAGUACGUUCCAUUUCCUUCACUCGUUAUUCCGUACCUUUGUUAAAUCCUUACCGGAUCUUUUUUUUUUUAACAGAGCAAAUUGAAGAAGGGGUUGGAGACGCCAUUGAUGAUUUGGCUUUAAAGAGAGAAGAGGAGAAACUUAAAAAAGGACAGAAGAAGAGAAACUUUGAUCAUUUACCAGCUAAUGGAGGUGGGCAUUCAUUGUAAUUUUUGCAACAUUUCAUGUUCAAAUUCAAAUUAGUUAGAAUUGUUUUGCUAGUUUUCAGAAAGACUCUGCUUUGUCGCUUACUCGUUUUGGGAAUGGUGCAAAUCGAUGUAACUUUGGAGGUGCCACUUUCAGCUAAAAAGUGGGCAAAGAAUGUUGAAAAGACGACUUGUUUCCAGUUAUGCAGAUUGUUUAAAUUUCAAAUUUCUGUCCUCUUUUGUGUAAUAUCAAAUAUUUUACCAAAGGUCUAAAGUAAUAAUCCUAUUGCCACUGUCGAUGUUCACAGUCGGUGUUUAGCGAUUAUUUCAGAUACCGAAAGGGGCAGCAUUUAUUGCAACAUAUGACAUGCAUGCAACAUAGGAAAUGCAAAGUCAUCUUGUGAUGGCUUUGCCCACUGUCUCACUUUUCAGUCACUGUUAGCGAUUUCUUCACGGAUUUUUCUCGCAGACCUUUUCGAAGAGGACAUCGUCAUGGACCGUCGCUUGCGUUCAUGGGUGACUGGUCAGGUUGACAAGAGAGACGCCAUCAAUGACGUGUUUUAUUUGUGGCCUACAACUAUACAGGGUGGUAAAAGAAUCGUCAGAGUACCCUACAUGAAAUCAGAAGAAUUUAGCCUAGGUAAGAACAAAGUUUGGAGCCUUUUUGUGAAUAAGUGAAUUAACAGUUGAUGCUUGGAGACCGCAGUUUUACGGUUUAGCUGUAAUUAGUAAGCACUAUGUGGUGUCUGUCAUAAAAACAUUCUCUCCCUUUCAUCACGGAGGUUUUAAAAAAAAUGAAAAGUGCUUGCUGGUGAAAUUUGGAACGCUGUUGGAGAUUUCGGGCAACCCUUCGUGUUACUCUCGAGAUAAAACCUACAAUUCUCUCAAACGAUUUUAAUCAGUCAGUCUCGAAGAGGCGAUCUAUACUUACAACUGUAUGCUGCGCAUCAGCGCUGAAUUUUUCUUGAAGCUUCGUUAAAGAAAUUAAUUGUAGCUGUAAGUCAUUAUUUUCAAACUAUUCGAAUACAGUCUAUACGUGCCUCAUUUUUACUUUAAAAAUGUUUUUUUUAAUUUCGCAGACCCUACCAAGAUGGAAUGCUUAAAUAACGCAAUUAAUUCUUUCAACAAGUAUACUUGUAUACGUUACGAACCUCUGGCAGAGGACGCAAAUGCAGACGAAGUGGAUCACGCGCAUUUUAUAAUAAAUCAGACCAUGUAAGUUAACUUAUUCUUAAACUUAAACGUGUCUAUACAAUAACUUCGUUUCAUCGAGAAAUUUCGAUUCAGUUUUGUGAAGGUCUCAAUAAUUAUCUGUUAACAUCUCAAAGAUUGUUGACUGGGCUGAGAGUGACAGACGUUAUUCUCUUUCUCUCUUCAGGUGUUACUCAAGUGUUGGAAGGCAAGGCGGGAGGCAGGACAUAUCCAUUGGAAACGGAUGCGAACGGGUCGGAACUUGCAUUCACGAGAUGAUGCACACGAUAGGCUUCAUUCACGAACAGUCUCGACCCGACAGAGAUAAAUAUGUCAGGGUCUACUAUGACCACAUAAAGUCAGGUGAGUGCGUUGACUAUAUCGACUGAGUUGAGGUGACGCAAUGUUUGCCGCGCCGGGUUCUGAAUCGGGAGGUCUGGGCAGGAGCGCUGAGCAGAUCGCUGUGUCGCUUUCAUGCGUAAUAAAUACAAUGACACACACUUUCCACCAAAGAUUAUAAAUGGGUACCAGCGAACUGCUGGGUUAACGUGGUAAAAAUCUUAACCAGAAAUUGCUAUCAAGUGUUCACCGGCUUGUACUCAGCUGGCGGAGAUUUCGCGUGGGAAAUAGAAGUUAUUUUAAGGGUUCCUGUUCUACCUUAUGCAUCCUUUUCAAGAAAAAAGCAAUACUUACUAAGAGAAUCUUUGGCUGAACAUUGGCACUGUUUUCCUUACUAGGUUUAGAACAUAACUUUGAGAAGUAUACAGUAAGGGAAGUAAGGACGUUGCCUACAAAUAGAGAUUACUACGACUAUGAUGUAAGUUGAGUAAUUUUAUAUCAUCAGCUGAGUUGAUAACGUAAAUUGGCCACCUUAAAGAGUUCCAAAACUGACGUUUAGAGCGUUAGCCCUUCGUCAGAGCAAAAAGCGAAGAGCCCUUCGCCCUGAAGAAGGGCUAACGCUCGAAACGUCAGCUUUCAAACUCUUAACAGUGGCCAACUUUACGAAAUCAACUCAGUUGAUAAUACCAUAUUACCUUGUUUUAAUCUCCUACCGACCCAGCACUAUCUAAGGAUCUUUAGAAACUUACCCCCUUAAUGUUGUAAAUUGGUUUUAACACUGUUUCAGCCAAUUAAGGUUUUGUUUGUUUUUGGAUUAAGCUCUAUCAUGUGCUUUGAUUUUGAGCUAUGCUGGAAAAUUUUCUGAGUUCAUAACACUGAUGAUGUGUAGGAUGCGCGUACAAUACUAAUUGACCGUGAUAAAAGUAAACUUCAUUCAGACUAAUUAAGUUUACUCCAGAGAAAUUUCUGUCACGAUUUGGUACCAGAAGCGUCUUUCGGUUUACACAACAGUAGAAUAAGCUAUUAAAGAGAUCUCAAUUUAAACAGUGGGUUUAAAAUUUUCGGAAACGAGAAAACCAGAACACUCUUAUUAUAAUAAUAAGAAUUAUAAUAAUAUGAAUGUUCUGGUUUUCUCGUUUCCGAAAAUUUUAAACCCACUGUUUAAAUUGAGAUCUUUGUAUCCGAAUAUCUUGAACGGUUUUCUUCUUUAAUUUUUUAAUGUGUUCACUCUUGUGAUGCAGAUCAAGUUUAAGGAAAUAUUUUGACAACUGUUUUGGCAUAGUUGUCGCCGAAUUUUUCGAUCUGCGUCACCGUUUGAGAAGUCAAACUUUUCAAGAAUGAUUGAUGAGUGAACGAUUAAACAUUUUGUUUGUGUUGAAGUCAGGCCAAGGUAGUCAGCUAAGUGUCAUUCACGUUUUAUAUUACUCGCUUUUUUUCUUCUUUCAGUCUGUUCUACAUUACAAUAAUCACGCAUUUUCUAAGGACUACCAUGACACGAUUCAAUCGAAAGAGAACCCAAACAGGAGGUUUGGUCAACGGGAAAGCUUCAGCAGACAUGAUAUAAAACAAAUUAAUCAGUUGUAUGGAUGCGACGUUGAAAAUCUUAACAAGCUUCUCCAAGAUGUUCCAUUUAAUUAGACAACUACUUCCGCAAGACGAUCCUUCAAGUUCUUGAUAACCUUGUAACUCUCAAGGUCUCACAAGUUAUUCUCUUCUUUCACUCUCCUACAAUUUUCCUUAAUGUAGUUGAGCCAAUUUAGUGCUAGACAUCCACCAGCUGAUGCGUUUCUCUGUUCUCAUAACGUGUGCGCUGGAUAUUGCAUUACAAAUUCGAAGCUGUUAGAGCAGUUUUUAAUUAUGAUUUAGUGUCGAAACCGCAGAAGCAAUGUAACUACAACUACCAAUGAGAACUCAAAACAAGCAACUUGAUUGAAGCGCGGGAAAAUGCGAGUGACCAAGUUGUUUGUUUUGCGUUUGAUUGGUUGAGAAGUUGGCGCGAGUUUUCUAGACCAAUCACAGAGUGAAUUAAAGCAAAACCAAAGCAAAAUCAGGAUCACCUUUGAUGCUUCAUUGAAAACUGGUCUAACAUGUUCGUGAUUUAUGGGAGUCAAAAGUUUAAACAGGUCAGACGUCGCAAUUUUCAUGUACUUAACUUAAAUAACAAUUGGGGUCGACCCAGUUAAUAAAGUUUAAAUCAUUUACUCAAUCUUUUAACUUAACAACUCAAAUUUUUACUUUGGUCAAAGUGCAACGUACAAAUACAAAUCUAAUAAAUUGAACAGAUAUUCGGCACAUGGAAAGUUCGACGUUUGAAUCAAAGUCGCUCCACGGUCGAACUUCCCGUGAGCACAUGUCAAGCUAGAAGCUUGAGCUGGGCCUUAAACGACUUGAAGGACCGUUUUUGCUCUUGUAGAAACCCAGGCCCGAUACACAUACUAAUCGAUCAUGUGACUCUGUAACGCUUGUCACGCAAUUUUAAAUUUAUUUUCAGAGUAAAGGGAAUUUAGAUAAUAGUUUUUUACGGCUAACGAAUGUUAAGCUACUGGUUAUGUAUGUAGAAGGUACAUUGGAUUUUUGUUACCGGUGCUCGAUAUCCUUGCGUUGUGUUUUCUUUAUUUCCAGAUUUAAACGUCAAUAAUCACUGCAAAAUGUGAUCAUUUGUACUCGAAAGGCGAGUGAGAAUUUAUGAAGAUUUACGGAAACUUUCGUAUGGUACAAAGGUUGCAUUUUGUUUAUUUGUUAUUGUUUUUUGUGGUGCUAGGUUAACACUCUCUAAUACGUUC